GUUUGUGUUGCCGGUUUAUUUUUUGCUCAACCAGCGUUGGAGAUCGUGAUAUGUACGUUGGCUCCUGAAGGUUGCCGGUAGUGAGAAAGAAUCUAAUGAAAGCAGUAGGUAUUCAUCGAAGUAGUCAAAUUUGUUUCAACUAUGAAUAGCAAAGUUUCCAAUGGUCUGUCUCCGACGGUAUCCUUCAGCUUCGACGAGGUGGAGAAGCUCAAUCCUACAGAUGAUUGUGAAACUGUAUGCCUACCGAUGACCAGCCUGGAGGCAGCAAAGGCCAUUGAGGCAGAUAGCAAUGGUAACACAGGUAAUGGAACCAGCAAUGGAAAGCAUCCCACCUUGGAUUAUGACCGUAUUCAUUGCCAGAUUGAUUCCACAGAUACUGACAACGAAGAAGUGACGUUAAUGUACUGUCAACAUGAGCGAUUGUCUAUGAAAGAUUUUCAGACUGAGGUGCGUGCUGCACAAGAUAUAGAGACAUUCGCUAAACAGGCUACAUUGAUCUUGGACAUGAACGAAACUAGCAUGGAACAUAUCUUUGUUAAAUUACUCAAAAAGAUUCUGAACGGCCGUGAAGGGACGGACGAUAUUGUCAAGGAAGCCAAGUCCGCAUUGUUCACACAGGAUUCUGUGCAUAAAUUAUCAAAGACGAUACAGUCAACUAGCGUGACUGAAGGUGGCGGCAUGGAUUACGACCAGUCCUGGAUAUGUGCACUAUGCAGCCUUCCAUCCCUUCAACGUCGUCACAUUGGUAUUGCAAGAUUAAAGCAUGCGGCCAACAUGGGCACGAACAGUCAGGAAAUCCACUUUGUCAUUUUGAUUCUGUCACCGUUAAAAGAAAAAGGAACAAAGAAUGCGCUUGAGACAGGUAGAACGUUCUCAACAAUAUUUGCAGACAUCGAUUACAGGCAGCAACUUCUAGAUGUGAAAACAGAGGAUGAGUUCCACCAGGUGUUACUAGCAAGUUGUAAAGACUUGCGCAACAUUCAUAGAAUACCCUCACGCUCUAGACUCAGGUCAACGACCUCAUUCGAUGAACCAGACAAUUUUCCAAACUGGUAUGUUGGACGCGGUUUGCGGAGUGAUAUUACACGACGUCUGCCGUACUAUUGGUCGGAUUUCAAGGAUGGCUUUGUGGGCCAUAAGACACUGCAGAAGAUGAUUGCAGCAACAAUCUUCCUUUAUUUUGCUUGUAUUUUGCCUUCAAUUGCUUUUGGUGUGCUUAACGACAAAAACACAAAGGGUGCUAUCGAUGUGCAAAAGGUGAUAUUUGCACAGAUGUUUGGAGGGAUAGUGUUUGCGUUUCUCGGUGGUCAGCCUUUGAUAGUCUUGUUAACUACGGCUCCUCUUACCUUAUACAUCAAAGUUAUCUACAGUAUUUGUGAGGAUCUUGAGUUGAACUUCUUUGCUAUGUAUGCAUGUGUAGGCCUAUGGAAUGCCUUCUUCUUGGUCGUCUACUCUGUCGUGGAUGCUAGUCUACUUAUAAAGUGGUCCACCAGGUCUACAGAGGAGAUAUUUUCCUUGUUUAUAUCAGUGGCAUUUAGUGUGGAUGCCAUUAAAGACUUAGCUGGUAUGGAAGCAUUGCCUUACCAUGACAGCCAGCUAUUUGUGCUAGCCCCACUGGAGACCCUGCCUAUCGGUGCAUGGUUUGGUGCAAUGGGCCUAGGAUUCUGCCUUUCCCUACUAUUCUUUAUGGAUCAAAAUAUCUCUAGUGCUAUGGUGAAUAAUCCUGCUAACAAGCUUAAGAAAGGCUCAGCAUACCACUUGGAUUUAUUUGUUGUGGCAUUGUUGAAUGCUAUGUUGUCAAUAUUUGGUUUACCAUGGGUUCACGCAGCACUACCUCACUCUCCACUACAUGUCAAAGCCCUUGCUGAUGUAGAAGAAAGGGUGGAUCAGGGACAUGUCUACAACAUUAUUGUACGAGUACGAGAAACCCGUGUCACCAGUUUAUUCUCGCAUAUCCUGAUUGGAUUGUCAUUGUUUAUGCUUCCCAACCCACUUCAGUAUAUUCCGAAACCUGUUCUUUAUGGAUUGUUCCUUUACCUAGCUUUUACUGCUCUCGAUGGCAAUCAAAUGUUUGAACGUAUGAAACUUUUGAUCACUGAACAAGCUGCGUAUCCACCAAAUCAUUAUGUGAGGAGAGUACCACAGCGUAAAAUGCACACAUUUACCUUUGUUCAGCUUAUCCAACUGAUUGUCCUGUGUUCUUUUGGCUUUGUUCCCUAUCCCUAUCUGAAGAUGACAUUCCCCGUCCUUAUCCUGAUUUUGCUGCCAAUCAGGCACAAAUUAGUUCCAAAAAUCAUAGACCCGAAGUACAUUGCAGCUUUGGACCGUAGCCAUUAGCCAGCCUAUUGGAAUGCACAUAUCAACCUCAGAUGGAAUAUAUUGGGCCAAGAGCACAAAAUCAACUAAGUAACUCUUGUUUUGGCUUUGUGAUGCAUCUUCUGAGCCACUACAGUUAAAAAUGAUAACUGCAAGUCCUAGCACUUUGGUUUAGUUGACUAGAAGUUGUCUCAAAACCAUUGAUAUCAUCAGAUAUGUUAAAGCUGAAGGUAUGGAAGCAUCUGAUAUGGGAACGGUGUUUAUUAUUGUUUCAUUGAUCAUUAAAUGCAUCAAUGCGCCCAACGUUUAGCAUCAUUAAACUAGCAAUGGAUAUACAAGACUUAGUACAGGAUAGAAUAUUCUUUAUAUCGUGGAAAAUUUAAAUCUGGGCAAGAAGGUCUGUAAACCAACGCCGAUGUGAACGCUGUAGUUAGCUGCGCCCCUUACUUAACUUACCCCUCAGCCACAAGACGUGCCCAAGUUUGAAGAUAAUCCCCAUCUCUUCUUCUGUAGAAUUCCCUAUACCAUCAUAGCUUUCCUGCCUGCAGACUGAGCUCUCAUGCAUCAAGUAAUCCCAAGGAUACAACAGAAAAUAUAUUCAGGAUGAUGUACAUUGUAGAUACAAGAAAAAUUGUGUAAAACCUCUGUGCAAAAGAAACACAAUUUUACGUUCACUCACUUUUCUUCACUUUCUUGCACCAUUAAUAAGGUUCAGUAGAAACAGAAGAGUAAAAUACAAUGUAUAUACAAAGAUUAAUAUAUAAUUGGAUUUUAUAUUUAAAAAAAAGUGAUUUAAGAAGUGAAUAUUUAAAUUUUAUUAAAUCACUUAAAAAUAUUUUUUUUAAAUAAAUGAAAUGCAGUAUCUGCUACUUGUUGUGUUUAUGCAAAUAUUGAAAUAAUGAAAAUCGAAGUCAUACGUGUGGUGAGGUCAAAAAAAAAAAAAAAUUUUGUUUUGCCCUUUGCGACCGACCGAAUAUCACAACAAUUUUUUUUUGGCCUUAUGUUAAUACUUCCAGUCUCCGUUAUUUUAUUCCCGGUGCAAGAGUUUUUACCAUAAGCUAUUUUCCAUCUUCCAACUUUUUUCAUUAUCUUUCCCUGCUAUUUUAUUUGGUCAAUUGUGUGCUGGUAUCAGUUUUGAAGACCAUGAAUGUUUUUUGUUUGGCAUAAUUAUAUAAUUAAGUUGCCUUUCUCUGUCAGUCGUUCAUGCAAUAUAUUUCCAGGACUAGAUAACAGUAGUAGCAAAAUGUUGAUUUUGUUCAAUUAAUAACAGUUUAACAAAUUAUUUUUUUAUAGUAUAUUCUAUACAGAAAGCAUUAAUAAUCAGUUAUUGUUAUCGUUAUUAGAGGUACAGUAUUAUCUAUGAAUGUUUGUAUGUGUAAUAUGACUGUUGUAUUUAUGAAUGUUUUAAAAGGAUAUUUUGAAUAUUAUGGUUAAUAUAUGAAUUACAACCAAGCUAAUGGUAAUUCCAAAGAGAGGGAAAACAAUAUUAAAUAGGAUUAUAAAAUAGAUAAAUACUGUAUUUUAAAAUUGAACACAGGAAAUUUUUGAUGAUGUCCAAAGAUAAUUUUCUCCAAUAUGAGGCAUUAUUUAUUCUCUUUUGUGGUGAUUUGUGGUCUAAAUGAUAUCAGUUUUUUAUGUGUUAUUUAACAGGGUAAAGUACAGUUGUACUAGUUUGCUUUUUGCUAGUACUAUACUGUGUUUCUUAUUUCAUAAUGCAAUAAGGUUGGUUGGAUUUAACUGUUUAUGGAAAUAUAGUAGUUAAUAUGCUUUCUUUUUUCAACCUUGAUUUAAAUCAAAGUGCUCUUAAAUUCCUAAAUUAAAAGUUAAAAGGGAGAUUUUAUCACUCACAUAAUGGUGAAUUGAACUUAUUAUAGUAUGUCUAUACUUUGGAGAGAUGUAUAUACGGUACUGUAUAUUCUUCAGUGAACUUUCAACUACUAUUGGUCUUAACAUCCAGAAGGUCUUGUUUGUUAUUGUGUGAUUGUUGCAGGAACAUUGUUGUGUUCUCAAAACAUAUUUUGAUUGAUUUAAGCUACUUCAAAGUUGUUAAUUCUAAUGAUUUCAUUUGUGGUUGUUCCCAACAGCGGCAGUGCCAGCCACGUUGUUUUGGGUGGGGUGGUCGGAGGGGAUUUCAAGCCCCUCUUAUUUACUGGGGUAAUAAUACAGUAUCUAUAUUUUGGAGAUACCGUAUAUAUAUACAGUACUGUAUAUUCUGAAGUGUGCUUUUCAAAAUCCAGAAGUUCUUGUUUGUUAUUGUAUGAUUGUGUGAUGCAAGUUUGUUGUGUUCAAAAUAAAAGUUGAUUGGGCUGAGCUACAUCAAA